CGAGGCGCAGAGAAAUGCAUUGAGCGGCUGCAGUAACAGACACCUGUGUCGACGAGGAGCUGCACGUCGCACAAUCUGCGCGUCUGGUACGCUCGACUCCGACGUCUGCGGACUGAGUGCGCCUUAAGACUCAUCUCGACCCUAGGCAUGACCCUAGGCACUACACUCGCCCUCGACAACUUUCUACUUAUCCCCGUUCCGUAUACAGGUCACUACUAAUCCAACAAGUACAAGAUGUCCAUCUACGGCGUUCCUGUGGAGAUAGGCGAGGUUAUCGUAUCCUAUCUAGUAGCGAGGCGCGACGUCCUCCAGUUCGCCUUCACCUGUAAGGAGGCGUACGCCUGUGCGUUGCCAUCCAUCCUCAGAGACGUUUCUCUGAGCCACAGGACCAAAAUAGAGGCCUCGGAGCAGUUGCAGGCCUUUUGCAAUUAUGUUCUUGCCCACCUCUCGCAGCGGGCGCCCUGCAUUAGGUCGCUGACGAUCGGGGCGCCAGUGUUCAAGGGCCUGCAGGUGUACUUCAAACCGGACUUCGCGUUGACAAGUGACGUUGCACGAAUAUUGGCCCUUGCGACUGGCUUGCGCGUGUUGACUGUCAGGGGCGCGGAACGUCUCUUCUCUAACGCGCCUUCCCAGGUCGUUGCUGCGAUCACCUCGCUCAAGAACCUCGCCGAGAUCCGCUUCGAGGAUUAUGCAGGCCCGCAUGCGCUGCGCAUACUCUCCGAGAUGGCAAGCCGACCCGCAGUGGUUAGGCUGUCGUCCUUCGACGCCCCCAAUUGCCGUCUCGUCCCUGGGCGCCAUCACCUCCUGUACAACUUAACGCAGUCUCUCGUCACUCUCACACUCGUCAACAAUCUCGACCUCAUCCAGGUGCUCGAGCCGGGCGUAGUGUGGCCGGCUGUCAGGCACCUCACGCUCGGUGGCGUGCGCGACGUCGCGAGCCUGCCCGCCCUGGCGCGUGCGUUCCCCGAGGUCCGAAAGUUGGAGGUAUACGCGCGAUGCAUCGACGAGAAGAUCGGGCGGGACUUGUGGACGCGCCUCGAGUCUGUCUCGCUGGACAGGCCUGUUCCGAUCUGCCGUCCCGUCCGAAAUGUCGAGCUCGUCGGCUCCGACUGGGUGCAAGAGCAGCUCUGCCUGGCGGUCGAGAUGAUGAUGAGCAUGGCGCCGACGUCGUUGACGUGCCGAGACGCGGACUACUGGGCGGUAGCGCAGCUCGUGAAGUGCGCAGCGCGUACUGUCCGGUUCGUCAAGUUUGUGCACGCUAAGAACACCCAGUCGGAGGGGGCGUACAAGCUGGGGGGACCUUGCAGCGUCGAGGGCUGGUUAGACUCACAUUAUUUCAACACCCUUGGACAGGCACCUCUAAACGCCCUUGUCGUUCCUGUGGAUACGGUAUACCUCGAUGCGCUCGGCGACCAAAGCGCGAUGCACUCGAGCGCCAGGAAGGCAGUAGUGAUACUGGACAUCGCCUGCGGAAUCGCGGCGCGGAUUCCCACUGUAGUGCACAUCGGAUUGGACUUAGGGCACCAUCCCUCGGGUGGGCAGAGGUGGUACAAAGUCGUAUCACGCGACGCUCACCAUCUCCGCCUCGAAGCCCUGAGGGAGCGUGAGGGCAGGGAAGUGUAAUAUAGUCAGAGUCUCACCUAGACUUCUAGCUGACUCCGGGGAGGAUGUCGACUUCGAGCUGUGGGCUUCGCUCUACAGAACGUC